AUGGCGGAAGCAACGCCGUUUGUACGACCAUAUGACCCAUCCCGUGACUUCCAGCAUGGCAUGCACGUGUACCUCUCAACCAUCGACCCAGUUCUCGACUGGGAACCCGCACGCACCAUAGGCUCGCACCUAUGGUACAGACCCUAUGUCUCCCUGACACCAGAAACAUGUUUCGUGCUUGACGACGGCAACGGGCGCGUAGUCGGUUACUGCAUCGGCACAGCAGACACGCUAUCUUUUGCGGCGCGCUGGCGCGAAGAGUUUGCUCCAGGUGUAGACCGCACGCUUGUUCCUCCUCCUGAUGUACACGUUGAUGGUGACGAUGACGUUGCGUCGCCCAUGGAAAAAGAAGAUAUUAGGUAUUUUCGGAAAGCGGUGUAUGAGGCUGAUUGUAGUAUGUUGCAGCCGUGGCCAGAGGUUUUACGCCAGUACCCGGCGCAUAUUCAUAUUGAUAUAUUGAAGGAGUAUCAGCGGAAGGGGUGGGGGACUGUGCUGAUGAAGAGCUUCUUUGAUAAGGCUAGGGAGCUGGGGUCGAAUGGGGUGCAUUUGGAUAUGGUGCAGUCGAAUGUAAAGGCUCGGGCGUUUUACGAACGUAUCGGGUUUAGUCUUUGCCAGCAGGUGUUGGAUGGAGGAGAGAGUGGCGGGCCUGGUGUGAAUGGUAUCGUGGUGACUUUGGUCAAGAAUCUUUAA